AUGCCAGCCCCAAACUGCACAUGUCUAGCCACCUUACUCUCUUUCUUUAAAAGGUUGAUAUGCAGGACUGGAAGGGGUCGCAAGCUCAGUGGAGAUCAAAUAACUCUCCCAACAACAGUGGAUUUUUCUUCCUCUGUUCCAAAACAGGCAGAGGUUGAACAAUGGAGCUCUUGGGAUGAAGAUGCUCCUACGAGCAUUAAGAUUGAAGGUGGCAACGGAAACGUUUCCCCGACAGGCAACGAGAUGGACGAAGAGCCCGACUACUUCAAGGACAUGACUCCCAACAUCAGGAAAACACAGAAGAUAGUGCUGAAGAAAAGGGAGCCGCUGAACUACCUGGUGCCUGAUGGCUCGGCAGGUUUCUCCAGCCGACUGGCAGCCUCUCAGGACAUGAUGACCUUCAGUCCACCCUCAGGCGAACUGGGAGAAAUGGAAACCUGGCAGGAGGACUCUAACGCCUGGGAGGACGAGUCCGAUGCCGCCUGGGAGACCGAGCUAGUGCUCAGACAACAGAAAAUGGCCGAGCGGGAGAAGAGGUCCAUGGAGCAGCAGAGGAAGAAGGUGGAGAAAGAGGUCCAGAGGAUGAUGAAGAAGGACCAGAAGAUUGCCGUCAAGCUCUCGUAACAUUUUUAGAAGAAAUGCUCAGUUUCGAGCCAAAGGGAUGGAUGGGAGGGGAGGGGGGGGGGAGGGGGAGCACACUGAGUCAAUCGUCACUCUGUCUUUGAAGUCGUCAUACCAAACAGGAUUACCACCGUUCACUACUUCUCUGUUGGCCAUCAGUCCUAAUCCGCCCCGUUUCCCACCGGCAGCCAUGUUAGUCCGUUUCUCCGGCUGCAGCGGCGUGAACUUCGUCACUCUCGAGGUCAGACAUCACUCCCGGUGCUACUCCCUGCUCCUGUGGCGAGGUCAUUCUGGUCUUCGAGGGGCGAAGCUCUAUUUAUUUCUACGAUCCAGUUCGCCUGAGGUCAAACGGUCAGACGGAAGGGGCCAUUUAGAUUCUGAUUCGCAUCUCGCUGGGUAGCGUAGGAAAAAAUGUUGAUUUUGUUUCUUUCCCAGGAACAUUUGUAAAUAAAACGGGUACCUACCUACCUUUUGUGAAAACCCAAAUAGGGAGUCCAUUUCCCUUUUCUUUGUCUUAUUUAUAAUCACAAAGGAGUUAAAUCAACUGUAAGCAUCGCUGUCAUCCCUCGGUUUGCCUGAUUGUUGUGUUUUUAUAUUCAUGUCUUUCAUUGUCUUUUUUUCUCUCAUGCAUAUGACUUGAUAUUUCCCUUCAUACACUGGACGUCUCUAUUAGAAUGAAGGCUGAGGAUGAAUGACCACAGACUACAUGUUGGCUGUGGGUUCCUAUGGCAACCUCAUGGCUACUGAUCUGACAUUCAGUAUCCUCCUCUUUCAGCUUUUUGAUAAUGAAGGAAAAAAAACUCACUGCUUUGAUUUUUUAAAAUUCUAAUUGAGUGGGGAUGUUACUAUGUCUCUCACUGCAUCGAUGAGUCUUUCUGGAACCCCGUUGCCGUCUCAGUGUGACCUCUGACCACCUUGGUUGAUUAAAAAUAUGAAGCUGUUUUUCA